AUGCUACAUAUGGCCUCAUCGUCGUCGUCGCUUGGGUCAAGGCAACGGACUACUACAAACAGACCAAACUCUUCAGCAAGUAUCGCAACAGCAAUUACUCACGGUACAUCAUCAACCAAGUCAAGUUCUUCGAAUACUCCAGAAAAAGCUUCAAAGAAAACUUUUACCACCUCUAAUACCUCCAUAAUCUCAGAUACCUCAUCCGCAUCAUCAUCUUCAUCCACAUCUCGUUCCAUCAAACGUCUCAGUGGAAGGUUUUCCUGGCGUCGUUCAAGCAUAUUUUCUUCAUCCUCUUCACCAUCUUCUUCACAAGCUUAUCAUUCAUCAACUUCUUCUCAAGCUUCUAACGGCAGAAAAUAUGGCUCUACAAGUACUUUUUACAAUCCAGGUCACUUUCCAGUGAUUUCUGAACCCAUUCUCGAGUUCUCAACAGCUGACUUUGUCAACUCAACAGCCAUAGAUACCCACGCAUUUGAUGAACCACCAGCUGUGGUCCCACAUCCUUCAGCAACAACGUCACCUUCACAACAAAUGAUAAGGCAAUAUCCUCCCUCGCAACACGCAAUCAAUACUCGCAACUCGUCAGUACUUUUGGGCCGCCGCGAAAGCGUACUAAUUUCUGCAAACACAACAAGUCCAUUAAAGAAACGACCAGAAAGUACUGGUAGUGGCAGGAAUCUUGGACUACAACGGCGAGAAUCCAUAGCUACCAGAAAUAGCCUUGUUUUGGGCGCUGGAUCGCCCCCAAUGGUCCAUGCUAUCAACAUUAAAAACAACUCGCAAAUCCCGGCAGCUAAUGCUCUGCGGCCACCUGUGGGGCUCGAUGCACGGCAAUAUAACCAUCAGCAGUAUGGGGGAUCACAGAACAGAAUGAGCGUUGCGAGUCAUGCAACGGUCAUGAGCGGCAGUGGAGGAGGAGGAGGAGGAGGGCUGGUAGGUGGGUUGUUGCCUACACAGUAUACAACAGUUGAACAAGAACCAGGCACAAAUAAUAAUUAUAAUUAUAAUCAUAAUAAUAAUUAUCAUUUGGGAGCAACAACAGCAACAGCAACAGCAACAGCAACAGCAACAGCAACAGCAACAACAACAACAACACUCGAGGGACCCACCCAGCAGCAACUCCAAAGUCAGACAAACCAGCAGCAAGAAAAACACAAAAAGCCAGUAGAGCAGGCGACUCAAACUGAAGCGUACCCAGAAACAGUUGCAGAGCUAUAUGAGCGAUUGAGCCCCAAAGACACAAAGGCAAUUGAUGUACUACUGGAGUACCAAGAAAAGCUCGGGGCUACGCGCCGGCGCGUGGCAGAGCUCGAGUCGCGGGUUUCGCAGGAAUCUAAACUGCGGCGGGAAGCAGAAGCAGCUUUAGCAAAGGCUGUGGCUGGCAAGAAGGAACGAGACGAAAAGGUAGUAUCCAAAACAGUGCACCGGCCACCACACUUGGUUUUGGUGAGGCCGCAGGAGCAACAAGUACACUUGUCUGGGUUAGUAGACCACGAGUCAGCUGGUAGUAACAGUGAACUUGCAGGAACUCGCGAAAGCGCAGCUACUAUCUUAGUCCCUCCGCUACACUUGAGUUCCAGCUCCAGCACUCUAAUUCGACCCCGGAGCCCUGAUGUGCCACUAAACCACCAGGGAGCAUCGUCUUCUCCAUCCACGACCUCUGCGCUACGUGCGGGCUCGCCAUCGGCACUACUUGCAAGGAUUGGGGCGCUGGAACAGCAGCGUGAGAGUUUACGAGAAGCCCUCAAAUCACUGCGUACAACUAAAGACCUGGAAUCCAAGCAACACGAGGAAACAGUGGCACGGCUGCGGCGGAUGGCGACGCAGCAGCGGGUCGGGCGGCCCGGGUCUGCGACAUCGGGGAGCAUGUUUUUGUACUAUAAUGGAAGCAGCGCUGGAUCAUCGCCUUCGGCGUCACCCAUUAGCUUAUCUCUACAACAGCAACAGCAGCAGAAGCAGCAACAUCGGGACGACGCGGAGGUGGAGGAUAGCGAGAUGGAGCUGGAGCCAGAGAAUGAGAGGAGUGGGAGCAGAGGUAGCAGUAGCAGUAGCAGUAGCAGCAACGGUAGCAGCAGCGGCAGCGGCAGCGGCAGCGGCUGCAAUGGGUCUAUGCAGAGGGGUGUGGCAGCGGCAGGUUCCGGCCACAUUCGACGGCCUUCGCUCAUGUUUUCAACACCACAUGUUCUUGACUAUAAAAGGGCGGCAGCUACGAGUUUAAGUUUGAGUGGAGUUGGUAGCUGCAACAAUAACAACCACAGCAAUAACAAUAACAAUAACAAUAACAAUAAUGGGUUGUCUAUAAAUACGGCAGCAGCAACAACUAAUAUAAUUUCACCAAGGUCGCCGCUAUACCAAUGCACAGAUUUGUUUGGCGAUGACCAUACGGAGCCCAUGUCUGAGGACCUUGAUCACAGUCUUGUGUCUAGCACUCACUCGUCUCCUGGGUCAUCAUCAUCGUCGAGUGGUGUGCAUACUGAUUUGUCUAUGUCACUGAGUUUUGAAGAUGACUCGGUGACCACCACUGAACUCCUCUCCUCUCCUGAGCAGUUGCAGCAAAAUCAACAAACAAGGACAGGGACAGGGACAAGGUCGGAUUCUAAGGACUUGUUACAUAAGAAAAGCAAACCCAAAUUGAGACUUCACGAAUCAGCAAGACUCAAUAUUUCGACUCUCACGUUUGGAGCAGGCUCUGGCACGCGCUCGCGACCUAGCGUCGCAACCCCAGUAUCCGCAUGCAGCACUGCUUCAUCUGUGACAGAGUCAGAAGAGAGCAGCGGGACUCCUACGCAUGCACAAACCAUUCAGUUGUAA